UGUUUUAGUAAUACUAAUAAAUAUCCGUUUAGGUAAUUACAAAAAUUGUGUGUUUGAAACUCGCUUUUGCUAUUCUUUGCAAACUUUGCUUUGCUAAGUACCUAAAAAAACCUCGUUGUAAUGGAAGAAGAAAUAUUAGUGAUCCCCAGUGGACCACCAGAAUCUUAUUGCCGGCUAUGCUUUUCUGAAUCUAAUGCGGAGCUUCUGCUAGUUUCUGAUAUAUCGAUGCGGUCAAGUGAAACUUUGAUAUCUGUUAUCAAACGAUAUUUAGAUAUUAAUAUAUCAAUACAUGCAAGUCAGCCAUGUGCCGUCUGCAACACCUGCCGGAUGAUGUUAGAAGAAUUUGAUCGUUUUCGGAAACGUUGCAUGCGUUGUGAUUUGAUAUUGACGGAGAACAUGUCCAUAAAUAGUCCUCCAGUGAAGAAGCAAAAAAGACAAAGCGCAAGUUCGCCUGUUCAAUUACCAACAAUGCCGGCGCCUGCUGUCGUAGAAGGACAUUAUCAAUAUGAUGAUAUGCAUCCAGAUAAAACUAAUGGUACUAAUCAAGUAUUCAAUUCAAGUAACAAACCAUACCAGUGCACUACGUGCUUUAAACGGUUUCAUUUUAUUGGUUCACUAAAGAGACAUAUAGGCGAAUCACAUUCAAGAGUUGUCACUAAUGACGAUUUGAGCUAUGAUCUAACUACAUCAAUCCAAGCCACUCAAAGUGGCGCACUAGCAGUCAGUCUACCGCUGAAUGCAGCACCCUUGGAACACACUAUUGACCAAAUACUUCCUGAAAAAUCCGUUCUUCAAGACCUCUUGGUUUCGAGCAAAGCAGCCCAGGUACAUUCUGUAUUGUCCUCUGCCGUCACGAAAACGUCUGUAACUCCGUUCGUAAUCCUUUUGGAACGAUUGGAUAGAAACGUUAUUCCUGCGAUUCAAAAUUUGGAGAUUCCAUUAGGCAAAUUCUAUCACAUGAAACAAAGACAGUCAAGAAAAAAUGCCAUCAAUUCAGUAGAAGAGACUGUAGAAGAUGAAAUCAAACGAAUAUACCCGUCUCUAAAUUUAAACAAACCAAGUCGAGUGUUCACAUGUGAUCUUUGCUUUAGAUCAAUGAAAAGUAGAAUGGCCCUAACUAGACACAAGAUGCGUCACGCUGAUAUUGUCUUUCCGUGCAUUGAAUGUAAUCGACUAUUUCCGGACAAGAGCAGCCUGGACCGUCACAUGCCGCAGCAUACCGGUGAUUUUCCACAUCCCUGCGAUCAAUGCCCCUUGGGAUUCGUAAGAAUCGGGCUUUUGAAAAAGCACCAGGAACGUUAUCACGGACCGAAUGCACAACCACUCAAUUUACUAUACUGUUCGUAUUGCCCAAGAGCUUUUUGUGCACAAACGGCGCUUUCGGCUCAUUUGUUUCAGAUGCAUCCUAGUCAUGCGGAUAACGGUUAAGCUCACAAAAUCAUAAAAAAAAAUAAUGGACUUUUAUUAAUAGGAAAUACAAACUUAGUUCUUAUACUUUGUUUAUUAUAACCAAGAUCUAUCUAAGCUUACUACGAAGGCGAAGAGUAGCAUUGCAUUAUAUUAUUAUGUAUAUUAAAACAGUACUGCCGCGUAUCAGGUUAAAAGCUUAUACCGGUCUGGAUCAGUUAGAAAAAAAUGGAUGUCGUUUUAUUAUGUACUUACGGUAUGCCUUAUAUACCGUAAACACGUUAUAUAAAAUUACGUUUUUGUAAUAUUGUAUAAUCCCAAUAUGGUCUAAACAUUACGUACUGUUUAUCUUACA